AUGUCCUUUCUCGAAAAUGCGUACACGUUAGUGAAGGACAAUUCCAUCGAUGGCACACCGACAUUGCAGGAGCUCAAGACACAGCUCGAGAAGGGCACCGAUGAGUCCAAGCUCGAUACCAUGAGGCGCAUCUUGACCAUCAUGCUCAAUGGCGAUCCUAUGCCGCAAUUGCUCAUGCACAUCAUCCGAUUCGUCAUGCCGUCCAAGUCGAAGCCUCUAAAGAAGCUCCUCUAUUUCUACUACGAGAUCUGCCCGAAGCUUGACGCCCAAGGCAAGCUGAAGCAGGAGUACAUUCUAGUAUGCAACGGUAUCCGGAACGACUUGCAACACCCGAACGAGUACAUCCGCGGUAACACAUUACGUUUCCUCUGCAAACUUCGCGAACCAGAGCUUCUCGAGCCCCUCCUCUCCUCAGCCCGAUCAUGCCUCGAACAUCGCCAUGCCUACGUACGAAAGAACGCCGUCUUUGCCGUCGCAUCCAUCUUCCAACACUCGCCCUCCCUGAUCCCCGAUGCCGCAGACCUCAUUGCCACAUUCCUGGAAGGCGAGAGCGAUCCCACAUGCAAGAGGAACGGUUUUGCUGCGCUUGCCAGCAUCGACCACGGCAAGGCGCUGGCGUACCUUAGCUCUGUCUUUGAUGGCAUCCCGAACGCAGAGGAGCUCCUGCAGUUGGUUGAGCUCGAGUUCAUCAGGAAGGACGCCAUCCAGAACUCUCAGAACAAGACCAAAUAUCUGCACCUGAUCUUUGACCUGCUGGAGUCCAACACAUCCACCGUCGUCUACGAAGCUGCUUCUUCGUUGACGGCCCUUACCAACAACCCUGUGGCCGUCAAGGCUGCCGCCAGCAAGUUCAUUGAGCUUGCCAUCAAGGAGGCCGACAACAAUGUUAAGCUUAUCGUGCUGGAUCGCGUCGACCAGCUCCGCCAAAGAAACGAGGGCAUCUUGGACGACUUGAUCAUGGAGAUUUUGCGCGUUCUUUCCAGCCCGGAUAUUGAUGUGCGCAAGAAGGCCCUCGAGAUUGCGCUGGAGAUGGUUUCCAGCAAGAAUGUUGAGGAGGUUGUCCUGCUCCUCAAGAAGGAGCUGUCCAAGACUGUCGACCAAGAAUACGAGAAGAACAGCGAGUAUCGCCAACUGCUUAUCCACUCUAUUCACCAGUGCGCCGUCAAGUUCUCCGAGGUGGCCGCCAGCGUUGUGGAGCUUUUGAUGGAGUUUAUUGCCGACUUCAACAAUGCCUCCGCCGUCGAUGUCAUCAACUUUGUCAAGGAGGUCGUGGAGAAAUUCCCAGCGCUGCGCCCAACCAUUGUGUCCAGGCUAGUCGACACCCUGAAGGAGGUCCGUGCCGGCAAGGUAUACCGGGGCAUUCUGUGGAUCAUUGGCGAGUACUCUCUUGAGGAGAAGGAUAUCCGUGAUGCCUGGAAAGGCAUCAGGGCUAGCUUGGGUGAAAUCCCCAUCUUGGCUUCCGAGCAACGGUUGCUGGAUAACAUGCACAGCGAGGAGGAGAACAAGGAACAGGAGCAGACCAAUGGACACCCCAAGCCGGCCGCCACUUCGCGCAAGGUUAACGCUGAUGGCACAUAUGCGACUGAGACUGCCCUUACCAGCCAGUCUGCCGCUGCUGCCAAGCUCGAAGCUGUCAAGGCCUCUCAAAAACCACCUCUUCGCCAGCUCAUUCUCGAUGGCGAUUACUAUCUCGCCAGCGUCCUUGCCUCGACUCUCACAAAGUUGGUCAUGCGCUACUCGGAAGUUGGCUCGGCCGAGUCUCGCACCAAUGCCCUCAAGGCAGAGGCUAUGCUUAUCAUGAUUUCCGUCAUCCGUGUUGGUCAAUCCCAAUUCGUCAAGGCUCCCAUUGAUGAGGACUCGGUUGACCGCAUCAUGAGCUGUGUGCGCUCGCUUGCCGAGUUCAAGCAGCACAAGGAGCUCGAAACUGUCUACCUCGAGGACACCCGCAAGGCCUUCCGCGCCAUGGUCCAAGUCGAGGAGAAGAAGCGCGAGGCCAAGGCUGCUCACGAGAAGGCCAAGUCGGCCAUUCAGGUUGACGAUGUGGUUUCUAUCCGUCAGCUCUCCAAGAAGAACACCGGCGGUGGCGAGGACACAGUUGAGCUUGACCUUGAGCGCGCCGCUGGCGGUGACAGCGGUGCGGGCGAGGAUUUGUCGGGGAAGCUCAGCCGUGUGGUUCAGCUCACCGGUUUUUCCGACCCUGUCUACGCGGAAGCCUAUGUCAAGGUGCACCAAUUCGACAUCAUUCUUGACGUCCUCCUCGUCAACCAGACAACCGACACGCUCCAGAACCUCUCGGUUGAGUUUGCCACUCUCGGUGACCUCAAGGUGGUUGAGAGACCAACAAGCCAGUCCCUCGGCCCCCACGACUUCCACAACGUGCAGUGCACCAUCAAGGUCUCGUCCACCGACACGGGUGUCAUUUUCGGCAAUGUUGUCUACGAGGGCGCCCACUCCACCGACACGAACGUCGUUAUUCUGAAUGACCUGCACGUUGACAUUAUGGACUACAUCCAGCCUGCCACGUGCAGCGAGACGCAGUUCAGGACCAUGUGGACCGAGUUUGAGUGGGAGAACAAGGUCAACAUCAACAGCAAGGCCAAGACGCUGAGGGACUUUUUGGACCAGCUGAUGGCGUGCACGAAUAUGAACUGCCUGACGCCCGAGGCGAGCUUGAAGGGGGAUUGCCAGUUUUUGAGCGCGAAUUUGUAUGCUAGGAGUGUGUUUGGUGAGGAUGCCCUGGCCAACUUGAGCAUUGAGAAGGAGGGUGAGGAUGGGCCGAUUACGGGAUUUUUGAGGAUACGAAGUAGGUCGCAGGGGCUGGCGUUGAGUUUGGGGAGUUUGAAGGGGUUGAAUAAGAUUGGGAGUGCUGCGUAA